UGUAUCGGUUAACUAUCUGUAAGAAAAAAAUCAUCUCCGUGGAAGAAGAUGCAACAAGAAAAACAAGCUAUUACCGAACCUUCUCUCAACUCACUUUGCAACAGCCUUACCACACUAAAGCGAAUGUGGUGGUAAAGAGCCUUAUCCUCUCUAAAAUAAAUAAAUUAAAAAGGCCAAACCGCAGUAUUAAAUACAAAUAUGUGCCGUAACGAAGCAGAACCCUGCACAACAUGCUCGCUGAGCAUAAUUGCUAAAGCUGUGUUUACACAUCUUCAUAUACAAUAGUGAGAAGAAUUUCUCACUGCUCACUGAGCAUAGUGAGAAACAGAAAAAGAGGUUAUAGACUAGAAUUAAAUGAAAAUAUACCAGGUGAAAGCCUGUACAAUGGCUUUUAUAUUUCACUCUCUACUGAUCUUGAUUCAAAGAGCAAAUUUAAAUUAAACUUCUCAUCAACGCGUGCUAGCGUAUUGAGCGUGCAAGACACGCUUGUGUUUGUGCUCAGUGUAAAAGGGUCCUAAGCAAAACGCUUAAUAUGGGUGCAAGAAGAUUCAAAGAUAUGCUUCAUUGUAACGGCUUUUAUACUUCUUUGUCGCUAUUUACUGGCAGGAGAACAGCGAGUGUUUUAACUUCAUGAAAUUUAAUCGCUAAAUGAAAGCACCAGAAACGGACAUGAUUCGUACGAAACGUUCAUGUACUUAAAUAAUUAUUAAAAUUAACAGCACCAAUCACGACGAUUAAUGAUGCAUGCGUAUGAAGUGGUUAUCGUGUCAAUUAUUUAUCAAAACACCUCUGUCUUAUCCAUUGGCUCAAUUUAAAUUAUCAAUUUAAGCUAAAAUUCAACCAAUUAUUUCAACGAUAAGACCCCUCUAAUGGGCCCAAUGAAUUCAUUACCAUUAGAUACUUCAUACGCAAUAACUUCAUUAUCAAUUGUUCCGCCGUUCAGUGAAUGUGUUCAAGCAUCAGCAUGUCACGCUGGUCCUAUGCGCUUGCUGUAAUGUCCUGCCUAACCGUACAAGCCGCACGACAAGCAGAUAUUACAGCUUAUGUGAGCCACUACGCGUACACGUUGCAGAUGCAACAUUCGGGUGUGUUUAACUGCUGGAUACUUCAAUUUUACACCAAAUCUACCCAUUCCUCAAUGGUCGACGCCGUAGCGCGACAGCUCAACGCUCACCACAUCAGUGUGCUGCAAUCAGACCAUCGGGCCACUCAUGUGCCCAUCUUCCGGGAGCCCAACAUGGUGAUACUUCUGUGGGGAAAUCAUGCGCAAACGGUGGCCAGCUUCAAUACCCACUGGUGGAUAUCAAGCAUACCACCCGAUUGUCCCACGAUUGUCCUGUUCGAGCGUGAAAGUGUAAUGCAACCUUGGCUAAUUGGAGCGUACUUUGCACCGAGACUCGUGUACUACAUUGCGCUAAUCGCGCUUAACGUAGAUGCGUUGUACACCUUCCAUUAUGAACCGUUCCGCCUCCAGACGCUGUCGGGUUUCCCGAGUUACAGCGAACUGUUCUUCGAUCGACUGCAAACCUUGCAAACGAAAAAACUGACCGCCGUGUACAUAAGUGACUAUUACACCGUGCUUUUCUGUAACAACCUAUAUGGCGAGGACAUCGCACUAUUCAAUCAGUUUGCAGAGACGCUACAGUUUGCAAUCACCUUUCGCGAGAUACAGUGCAGCCGCAACGAAACGAUUGAUCAUUGUAUAUCUAGGAGCAGCGAUGCACACCUAAUUGUAAAUCGCUUAUACCUGAUACACUACAGCAAGUACGCCGUUUGCCGUGCGUCCAUGGAGCAAAUCACGAUCGCAACACCGAAGGGUCGCUUGCUGACCGUAUGGGAGAUACUGCUGAAACCGUUCCAACCGCCGGCCUGGACCAUGAUGCUAGCGAUCCUUGUGGCGUGCCAGCUCGCCCAACAGCUCGCCCCAGCACUGUUCGUUAACAACCUCCUCAGCUUGGCACUGUUCGGAUUCGAAAAGCGUAGACUGCGCCUCACAAAGUUCGGGGAAAAGGUUACCGCCUGCGCACUGAUAAUACUCUUCUUUCAGCUAAAGUGUGCGUACGAGGCGAAGCUGGUGUCGUACCUAACCGAAACACCUCGCAUCCCGGACGCGCUGUCGAUCGAAGCAUUGCGCGCCCGAAACAUCACCGUGUACCGCGGCAAAAUCAACAUCGACCACGUGGACAAGCUCGACGGAAUGGUUGCACAGUACGAGGGUAGCCGGAUAGUGUUCGAUGGAUCUACAUUUCUGGAGAAUCGGGAGGCUUUAAUGGUUGAACAAUUGCUGUCCGAUAGCGUCGAUAACCAUGGCAUAUCUUAUACCAUACUGCCCGACAACGUGUUCGAAAUAUUGCCGUUCUAUGUGUUUCCCAUCAAGUCACUGUUUGGCAAACGGUUUCACACGUACCAGCAGCGGGUGUUCGAAGCCGGCAUGCAGCAACACUGGCGGCAGGAGCAUUUAAAUUGCUUUCUCCUGCACAUUGUGAAUAUGCAUCAUGACCGUAGGGAUCACGCGGGAGCUAACGCUGCCAUCCGGUACGACCAUCUGAAACCGUUGUUACUGUUUUUCCUGGCCCAGUGGACCACCGCACUGCUGGUCUUUCUCGGUGAAACGGUUCUGGGAAGGUACAGUGCGUACAAGCGAACACGAUGUGUUGCAAGAAGAGUGGCCAAAGUUGCAACAAGGAAGGAACACAAAACGUUGUAUAUUAAGCGUGGUCUUCUGCUAUCGGAUCUAUAGAUUUUCUGUACCUCAGGAUAUUAGCUAUUAAGGAUAAGACCAAAAUAAAUGUAACUUUUGCUCACUGCAGUGUGUCAAUUUUGACAAUUUCAGUCGACUUACUUACUUAUACUGCGCUACAACUUAUUCGCGGUCCUUGCCUGCCUUGUCCUUGGUACCGCUCCCUGUUGAG